CCCGGGGUGCACAGGCCCUCGGCAAGGAGUUUCCCGCAAGUGCACCACGGUUAAUUCAGGGUUUCCCCAGUCCGAUGGCCCCCAGAAAUUGUUUGCACCCAGCGGGUUUCGAACUUGAGACCUUGAAGGGGAGCACCCAAGGCUCAAGUCACUCUGUUUUUUUCUUCUUUUAAAUCUUUUAAUCUUCAUCAAAUUUCGAGUUUUUUGUUCAAACCCCAAAAUGUAAAAUCAACCAUUUAUUUGCUUUGUACAAUCAUUGGGUUGAAAUGGGCAAAACCCCACUCUAUCAAUUUGUGAAUUGUUUCAUAUCUUAACAAUCUGAGUUGAAGUUGCAGGGCUAUAUAAAAGCAAGUUUCUUUUUUGUGUGUCAGAGAAGUUGUGCAAUAUGUAUAACUAAAGAAGCAAAUUAUUCUCAAAGUUCUUGUAAGAAUUCAAGAAGUGGUGUUUUAUUUUGUAUACAGGGAGUUCCAGGAUUCAAAAAACGCAAAUUAUAGUUACUACCUUUAUUGUUAAGAUUUAUUGGGCGAAGAAAAGCUUUUAUUGGUUGUGGUCUAGAACCCAUUGCAGAGUAACUUAUAGGGCAUUCGCUGUUGUAUCUUACCUGGUGGUUUAAAAUGACAAUGAGUUUGGAAGAGCCAUCAAAGAAAGCUUCACGUCCUCAACUGGUUGUGUUGAACAGGGCGUUCAAAUUGGCUGAGCAAUGGGUGAGCAGUAUGGGCGACACUUCAGAUGAUGUUAAACCAAAUGAAGUUAUUCUAGAGAGUCGACCGCCUAGGCUUGGAAUUGGUGCUGCAGUUCCACGUCAAUCACAAACUGUACUCUCAAAUGACCCUGCUGAAAGAAGAUUACGUGCUAAAUUGGAUGCUGAGAAAAGAAGAAAAUUGAAGAGCUCUGAAGCAUCAACAGUUUCCGCCAAUGAUGGGAAAGUUGAUGAAGAAAGCGAUGAGGAGGAAUCAGAAAGCAAAACAAAAGCGUUUACGAAGAAGAGGCCUGCUGCAGCUCUGCCCUUGUCUUUGCAAGCAAAAAAGAAGAAAUAACGUUGCGUCAUCUAGCAAUGAAUAUUUAUAUGUGCUAGAGCUCUCCUUUUGUAUAAUAUUCUUCGCCUUCAUAUUCUUAUGGCCAUUUUGCAAGGUGCAGUUCGUUUGAGGUUUCAGUAUAUUUCUGAGAAAUGUUCGAGUUCUGAGUAUGUGAAUUAGAGUUUCAGUUCUCUUUCUUGGAAAAGAACAAGUAACUGCGCAUUUUAUUCAUCUUCCUAAAGAGAUUACAUCUGGUUUGUGGGAGUUGUGAUAUCAUGUCAAAACUGAAAUAGGAUGAAAUUAUUGAUUAUAUCACCACCUUGUGAUUAUUGACAACCUGAUUUCCUCU